CGUCAGUGAGAGAAAACAAAAUUGAUCAAAAUUCGAUUUCGAUCGGACUGGAAAAACCUGUGUUUCUUUUUAUUUAGUGAAUGGGGAUUGAUAUUAUUUUACUGUGUUCUUGUGCCUUUAUCAACAAUGCAUUUACCAUAUUAGUUACAUGUUGAAAACACACACAAUUUGUCCAUACGCAUCAUCAUGUUUGGUUAUAGUAAAGAAGCAGUUAGAGUGAAAGUAAAGAAAUGUGAAGGAAAACUUCAGCCCGAGUUGAGGAAAUUCUCAGUUGAUCCGCAAAUAACAUCUUUGGAGGUAUUACAAAGCAUCCUCAUAAAAGCCUUUGACAUUAAGUCUGACUUCACCCUUUCAUUCAGAACUGUUGAUGAUUAUGGACAAGAAAUAUUUUUGCCUUUGUUGUCUGACUGGGACCUGGAUGCUGCUUUCCUGAAGUCACACAACAUAGCCCUGAACCAAAGAUCGGAACCAUGUGUCCAACUGAGAGUAGACAUGAAGCCAUUUGCAGAAGCCUCAGAGGACUGGGAGCCCCCAAGUGUGUCCGCCGUGCAGCCGCCCAUGACAACCAGCUACAGAGAACAGCCCACAGUAGCCCCGGCCCCUCAACAGAGUGCUGAAAAACAAGAAACACAGUCAGGCUUUCAAGGCCUGUUCAUGAACCAUGUUGAAAAAACCUUCAACAUGGUGUCAAGAGCCCUAAAUCUAUAUGAAGACCCCAACAAUGCCCCACGACCACCACUUUGUGACUCUGAAUUCAGAACAUUCUUGGAUGGAGUCGGACAGAUAACUAAUGUGCCCAGACUCAGAGAAGUUAUUUACUGUGGUGGCAUAGACCCUAGUUUAAGGAAAGUUGUAUGGAAGCACAUCCUCAAUGUGUACCCAGAAGGAAUGACAGGCAAAGAGAGGAUGGAUUAUAUAAAACGAAAAGCUAAUGAAUACUAUGCCCUAAGAAAAAAGUGGAAAGAUUGCAUACAACAAGGAAUGGUCAACGCUGACCUGGCGUAUGUGACGAGCAUGGUGCGCAAAGACGUGCUCCGAACGGACAGACAUCACAACUUUUACGCUGGGAGUGAUGACAACCAGAACAUUGCAUCGCUUUUCAAUAUAUUGACAACGUAUGCCCUAAACCACCCUACAGUGAGCUACUGCCAGGGCAUGUCGGACCUGGCGUCCCCGCUGCUGGUCACGAUGGGCGACGAGGCGCACGCCUACAUCUGUCUCUGCGCGCUCAUGGCCCGCCUCCACCCCAACUUCCUGCUAGACGGGGAGGCCAUGACCCUCAAGUUCACACACCUGACGGAGUCUUUACAAGUGUAUGAUCCAGAUUUUUACAACUAUCUGAAGUCGCAACAAGCGGAUGAUCUGCUGUUCUGCUACCGCUGGCUGCUGCUGGAAAUGAAACGGGAAUUUGCAUUCGAUGAUGCCCUCCGUAUGUUAGAAGUGCUGUGGGCGUCGCUACCGCAAAAACCAAACACGACUGAACUGUCGUUGGUCGAGAAAGAGUUCGAUCCUAAUUUAGAAAUUGAUGAUGAACCUCCACCUCUUAGCCCACUAAUUAAAGCUCCGCGCGAAAAUGCCUACACGAAAGUGUGCGCUAUUCGCCGACAAAGUUCUAGUUUUAGUUUGGCCAAUGUCAAAGCCCCAAAGCUAUCCACAUGCAAGCAAAUGAAUCACAGCCUUGAUGAAAACGCUUCGAGAAAAGAUGUGAAUAAUGCAUCUUUGAAACAUUCCAAGGAAUUUCAAAGUUUAGAUGAAGCCGCCUUACAAACACAGCAAAUUAAGAACGAAGACUCUAGCAAUGCUAACAAAGAUGGCAGGUUAUCCCCAAAGGACACUAAGCUGCAAUUGAGGAACACAAUGAAAUGUGUGCCGGAGCAUGGAAAGACUUUGAAAGUGAGUGACAGCUCCGGCACUGCUUGGUCUAGUACAGGGAACCUCGUAAACGGAAAUGCAGAUGCUAAGGACACUCCGCUAGGGAGCCAGAUUAGGCAACUAAGAGACAAAAUUUCAAAACAUAAUAAUAAAUUCUUCUCUUCCUUAGAUAUCAAUGACAGCUCCAUGGACUUGGAAUCAUCUGAAAGACCAAAAGUGAAAAUGAUAAAAAACUUAAAUGAAUUCCUAAACUUAGCAACAGGUAGCAAAACUAAUACUAAUAGACAUGAUAAAUUAUUAAGAACUCGUUCGGUUGUGGAACGUAACUCCAAAGAAUGCCCAAAGAUUACUCUUACGAAAACAUCCUUUGACGAAAAUGAUGUGAAUCCAUUCAGUAGUGACAAGAAGAUAACAAAUAAAGCUAACAAAAUAAUUAGCAACGAAAACAAUGACGGAAGCAGCCCCGACGAUUCACAGGAAUACUACCCAAUGACCACAUCCAUGACGAGAGAACUAAGACUUGAAUUAGAGCAUUUAGACCGACAAGUAUUCGGACAGUCCUAUGUCAAUAGAUGUAGCAUGAUUUGUGACUCACCCUCAGAUUCCGUUAGCACUGAAGAGAAACCUAAUAAUGAUAAGAAAGAAGUCUGUGAUAUAGAGCUGAAGACGGAAGUUUCAGAGGUUAUAGAGACAUUUAAAAAGUCACCAAAUCUGGAGACUAUACGUUCGAACGCGAGAAGCGCGGAGGAUAUUUACUUGUGGGAGAACCCGCUGCACCGCACGACGCCGCGCGCGUCCGCCUCGUGCCCGCAGACGCCGGACGAGCAGGCCGAGCUCGAGUACGACGGCGACACCGGCGAGAUCAUCGAGGAGCACUCGGGGAAGAAGUCCAUCACGCCCAUCCGCCUGCUGCGCCGGAGCCAGCCGCCGCCGCCGCCGCCGCCGCGCGCCUCCAGCGACGAGGACUCCUCCGACAACGAGGCCGCGCCCAGCGUCGCCGCGCCGCCCUCCGACGUCAUGCCCACGUCUAAAUCCCACAAGUUCUUCUCCAGCAUGUCUCAGGAGCUGGAGAACGCCAAGAGGAACUGCGAGACGCUGCUCAUCGCGAAGCAGACGAACCUGCACAGCGUCGCCUCCACUAUAAACAGCUUCCAGAAGAAGUAUGAAGUGUUCAAGCCUCAGGUGCAGAAGAAUAUGAACGUGAUGGCGGGCGCGGGCGGUGAUACAGUAGCACGGGGCAGCGUGGGGAGCCUCCCGCCGCCCUGGGCGCUGGGCGGCGGGAACCCCUUCCUCAUGUUCCUGUGUCUGACGGUUCUUCUACAGCAUCGGGACUACGUGAUGCGCAACAGGAUGGACUACAACGAGCUGGCGAUGCACUUCGACAAGAUGGUGCGCAAGCACAACGUGAACCGAGUGCUCAACCAGGCGCGCCAGAUGUACGCACUGUACCUCAAGCAACAGGCGCAGAAGACUGGUGAUAUUACCACGUAGAUUACAAAUGUAAUAAAUGUAAAUAAGUAUUCUCGUGAAAUAGUAAGUUGACAAACAGUGCAUUCCUCUUCGUAUUAUUAGAGAUUAAUGUUAAAUUGAAACCAUUAGGUAAAAGUGAUAUGAUAAACGUCGGAGGCUUUCGAAUUAUUGACUGAGUAUUUUGUUUACAGAGAGUAGAUAUAUUUUGGUAAUGUUCAUACAUUACGUUGCAUUUAUUAUUCCGGUUUUCAGUUCAAAUGGCCUUUGAACAACAUUGCAUACAGCAUUUCAAAGACAUAAUUAUACAAAAUUAGUACAUAAUGGCAUAGAUUUUAUUUUACACUGUGAUAUUUCUUUAUGUUAAAAUUGUUUAUAGACCAGUCGAAUAUAUAAUUAUAUGUAUUUUUAAUUUAAGUAUAAAUACAUACUACAAAAUAUAUUGGUAUUUGCCCUGCCUGCUUGAGCUCAAGAUCGGGAUUCGUUGAUAUUAUACGCCUACAUCAGCUAUAUCCAUAAUAACCUCUGACUAUGCUGAAAAUAUUAUGUUGUAAGUAUUCUAGUCUUACAUAAAUUAGUGAGUCUAUCUAUGUAUUGCUUGUCUUGUUAAUUGUAAAUACGAUUGUACUUAUUAGCAUCGGCGCUCAGCUCAACUAAUUAUAUUUUUAUUCAGCCUGUUAAAUACAGUAAACCUGAACUAAA